CCAGUACGGAAGACCAGUCUGUAGUUUUUUCAGACUGAACUUCCGUACUGGUGCUGUACAAAACAGUUUUCUAUCUCCGUGAUUUUUUCUGUGUGGAGCAACAAUACAGACAACAAGCUCCACUGACACGAUACUACGUCUGGACUCCUGCUUCAGCUCCUCCUCUCUGGAUAGACUGAUCGGAUUUGCCGCACUGGUUCUGUGCCGAGCAGUUUUGUAACUCCGCGAUUCUAUCCGUUUGCAGAAACAAUACAGACCACAAUGAGGCUGAUGUAUCUCUGCAGUGCUUUGCUGCUGCUCAUCCUUCUGCCCACAACCUGUCAAGGUGGGAACAUCUUGGUCUUUCCUGCUGAAGGCAGCCACUGGAUAAACAUGGAUAUCCUACUUCAAGCUCUGCACUCCAGAGGACACAAUUUAACUAUUGUGCGUUCGAGCAAAAGCUGGUACAUCAAGGAAAACUCCACAUAUUACAGUACCUACACAGUUCAAGUAGAGAGGAGCAUAGAUCAGGAAUUUAUCAAAAGAAUAGUUUCUGAGGUCGUGAAAUUUGAACGAGGAGCUCUUCCCUUGACAAGUUUUUUCCAUAUGACUGUAGGCAUGUUUGGUACGUUUGUUGACGCUCAUGCAGCUGUGGGUGAAUUUGUAACAGCAAUGCUAGGUGACAAAGAGUUGAUGAGAAAGUUGAAUGACACCAAGUUUGACCUGGUCCUCACUGACCCCUGUUGGGGAGGUGGAGCCAUUUUGGCCAAAUAUUUGAACCUUCCCUUGGUUUAUAAUGUUCGCUGGUUAAUAGCAGAAGAAGCUCAUUUUGGCAUUGCCCCUUCACCCAUAUCUUAUAUUCCUAUAACUGGUUCUGGUUUAACUGAUAGGAUGACCUUUUUUCAGAGAGUUAAAAACAUGAUUUUAUAUUUAGUAAACCAGGCACAGAAGUAUUUGGUCAGAGAUGUAUAUCAGAAAGUAUGUGACAAGUAUCUGGGGCCCGAUAAGGAAUUUUUUCAGUUAUUGAUUGAUGCAGACAUUUGGCUGAUGAGAGUGGACUUUGUGUUUGAAUAUCCACGUCCCACAAUGCCUAAUGUUGUGUACAUGGGAGGGUUCCAGUGUAAACCUGCAAAACCUCUGCCUCAACACUUGGAGGAGUUUGUGCAGAGUUCUGGAGAGCAUGGAGUCAUCAUCAUGUCUCUGGGGUCUUUUGUGAGUGAACUGCCUGCUGACAUGGCAAAUGAGAUCGCUGCAGCUUUUGCUAAACUUCCUCAGAAAGUCAUCUGGAGGUAUAAAGGCAGCAGACCAGACACUCUGGGCAACAACACUUUAUUGGUGGACUGGAUGCCUCAGAACGACCUUCUCGGACAUCCUAAAGUAAAAGUGUUUGUGGCUCAUGGAGGAACAAAUGGAGUCCAAGAAGCUAUUUAUCAUGGAGUCCCAGUUGUGGGUCUCCCUUUGGGAUUUGACCAAUAUGACAACCUGCUUCGACUUAAAGAGAAAGGGGCAUCAUCUGAGAUUCUUUCGUAUGCUACAGUGGACAAAGACAAUAACUUCCUAAAAGCUAUCCAGGAGGUCCUGAAUGAACCCUCCUACAGGAUGAACAUGCAGAGACUGUCCAGGCUGCACAGAGAUCAGCCAAUAACACCGAUGGAUAACGCCCUCUUCUGGAUCGAGUUUGUCAUGAGACACAAAGGUGCAGCUCACCUGAAACCAGCAUCACUCAGAAUGUCCUGGUAUUCCUACCACUCUGUAGAUGUAGCUCUGUUCCUGGGUGGAGCUGUGCUGCUCGUGCUUCUAUUUACUUUCUUCUUGAUUAGAUGUUUGUGUAAUAUGAUGUGUAAAUCUAAAGUGAAACGUGAGUAAUGAUUUAAGGGAUAUACAGACAGGUGACAAAUUAAACAACUUCCAACUUCUCUUUUAGUUUGGAUCCCAAAACAGAACCACCAAAUUUUCUCUCUGUCGGGUUCAAGUAUUCAGGCCUUGACCAUUUUCUUAGUGCACACCACACAUGCAUCCGUCUAUUUGUCAAGACAAUGGUGAAGGAUGAGUCAUUUAACCAGGGUUAGUCAGUGUUCCCAGUGAAACCGUGCCAGUGAAAUGGUCUUUGUGGCUGAAGCUCCUGCCAUCCAUUCCCGAGCAAUGAACCCUCUUUUAGAUUCACUUCAAUCUUUCCUUAUUUCAAUCGUGAUAGAAAACCAGAAACAACUUGUUCAGCAUUUUUUCACAUCCAACAAAUUCUGAGUGGAUGUUAAGUACUUUAUUGUGAAUCGUAGCAUGUAUGUUAGUUGUGUUUCUCCACUCUUAAAUUUAGGUUUUCCUUUUAUUUGUCACCUGUCUGUACACUAUGUAGAGAAAUUCUAUUUUUAAAAUUGAAUGCUGUCAAAAAUUGGAUUUAUCAUGAGAUUUUUGUGUUUUUCUGUUUAUACCUGCAUAGCUCUGUGAAGCGUAUGGGUUAUGAGGGUGUCCCGGUUGAUAUUAAUGCCAAAAUGUUUUUUUUAAACUCUGCAGAAUAUUUCAAACAUCAAUCAUUGCACAAUACUGAAAAAUAAAUGGUAAGCUGUAGAGAACUGUACAAUAAAUCAGACCUGCUUGUUUAUCUACA